AUGGAAUCCGAGCCCGAGGCGGAGGCAGAGGCGCAAGAAGCCGAGGGCGAAUACGAGGGAGACCACCGGAGACUGCGCUUCAACGAGGAGCUGUCAUGGCGGCCUGCGAAGCCCAUCCCCAGCGCCACGCUGCUGGCCCGUCUCGAGAGGCUGUCCAAGGAGCUGGCAGACUUUGAGCAGGGCGAGGUCGAUUUGAGCUCGCUCAGGGGCGUCGCCGAGAAGCUGGCACAUCGCAACCUGCUGCAGCACAAGGAUCGAGGCGUCAAGGCCUACACGGCCUGCUGUUUGGUGGAUAUCCUGCGGCUGUUUGUGCCAGACGCCCCCUUUACAGAUGAUCAGCUCAAGAUGAUGUUUGGGCUGUUUAUCAAGGACAUUCUCCCCAGCCUGCAGGACCCCACAAACCCAUACAACAGCCAGCACAAAUACGUUCUCAUGUCUCUGACCGAUGUCAAGAGCAUUCUGCUCCUAACCGAAAUACACGGAGCCGACGACCUGCUAUUACGCCUGUUCAAUUCCACCUUUGACGGAGUCUCUGCAAACGCCAAGGCCCCGGCUGAGGAGCAGGUUGCAAAGGAUGUCGAGAUCCACUUGACGGAGAUGCUGGUCCAGCUGAUUGACGAGUCUCCUGGCAGCGUCCCCGCGAGUGUCAUCGAUGCCAUCAUCAGCCAAUUCCUGCGAGCUGCUCCUCCUGGCGGCGGCCGAAGCAAGGAGCAGAACGACAAGCAAUCGACACUCCUCCUCAAGACAGAGCCGCCAGCCUAUAUCAUGGCCAAGGCCAUCUGUAAUGCGUGCGCGGACAAAAUGGCACGCUAUGUGAGUCAGUACUUCAGCGACGUGAUCCUCAAUGCCUCUGGGUUUGCGACUGCGGGAAAUGGCGCCCGCCAUGGGGACGACUCGGAGGAGGAAGAUGCACAUGCAGGACCUUCAGAGGCCGAUCUCAAGAGUCUUCGCCAGGCUCAUCUUCUCAUCCGAGAACUUUGGCGAGCGGCGCCUGCUGUGCUGCAAAAUGUGAUACCGCAGCUCGACGCCGAAUUGUCUGCCGACAACGUUCACUUGCGGCUCAUCGCUACAGAGACGUUUGGCGACAUGAUCUCUGGCAUUGGAGCUGCUGGCCCUCCGCCGCCUCCUGUUCUCGACCCUGCCGCAUACCCUCCUAUUAAGCUGAUGGAUGAUACCCCUCCGCCAGCCGCAGCCGAAGCCAACGUUCUCACCAAGCCCUAUUCUCCGCAGUCAUUUGCGCAGUCGCACGCAGCGACGUAUCGCAACUUCGUUGGCAGGAAAAACGACAAGACGGGCACAAUCCGCACAGCCUGGGUCACUGCUAUUGGCUACAUCCUUUCGACUUCUGCGGGCGGCAUUGGACUGAGCACCCAAGAGGAGAGCGAGCUGGUGAGAGCUCUGGUCGACAAGUUGAAUGAUAGCGAGGAAAAGGUCCGGUUAGCAGCCGUCAAAGCUAUUGAGCUCUUUGACUUCCGAGACAUCGUCCUAAAGCUUGGCAUCCUCGGCGGUGUCGAAAAGGAGGGCUCGGUUUUCGCCAGUCUGGCAGACAGAUGUCGAGACCGAAAACCAGCCGUGCGUGUCGAGGCAAUGGUUCUGCUCGGCAAGUUGUGGGCUGUCGGCGCUGGGGAAAUUGCAGACGGACAGGAAGCUGUGACCGCUUGUCUCGCGGGCGUUCCGUCACGCAUCAUCAAUGCCUUCUACGCCAACGAUCCCGACCUCAACGUCCUUCUCGAUCGUGUCAUGUUCGAAUGCCUGAUACCCCUGAAAUACCCCCUGAUAAAGGGCAAGGGAGCCAAGACUGCGGCUGCGUCCUCGCAGGGCAAGGCUGCGGUUGGCCAGGCGGACCAGGACAAGAUUCGAGCCGAGCGAAUUCUCCUGAUGCUCAAGUCGCUCGACAAUGCGGCACAGAAGGCUUUCUUCGCCAUGCAGGCACGCCAGCCUCAAUUCGCCAAGGGUCUUGAGAUUUUCAUUCAGCAAUGCGAGGCCUACAAUGGCGGCGUCAUUGAGGCAAACGAGGACAAGGUCAAGGCCGGCCUCGCCAAAACGAUGCAGUGGUUCGGUGCUUACUUUCCCGACCCCUUAAAAGUUCGCGCCGACUUGCAGAAGUUUGUCAAGCUCAACGAACGGCGCUGCUACCAGCUCAUCAAGUAUGCGAUCGAGUCGGAGAGUGACUUCAAGACUGUCAGGCGCGCCAUUGCAGAGCUGAUUACGAAAAUCUCAGCAACCUCCGCCGCCAGUUCUCUGGACACCCUGAUUCCCCUGCUAUAUCGAUCCAGCUGUCUCAUGUUCAACCGAAGCCACUUGGCAACGAUCAUGGACUACUCCAAGAGCGACAAGAACGGUUUCGCCGCCGUAGCACAUCAGGUCCUGAACGACAUAUCACAGCGAAAUCCCGACAUAUUUAAAGCCCACGCUGAAGAACUGCGGAAGGAGCUCAUCCAGAAAGCACCAACCGAGUCCACCAAAUCCCACGAUGCCAGCGUCGUCGAUAUCCUCAAGGCCUAUUCAUCGUAUGCCAAGCGAUAUCCCGAGGAUAUCAACCUUGACCGGAGCUUCACGCAGACGCUCAUCAACUACGCUCUCUACGGCGUGCCCAUCAAAACACCAAAGUACGCCGUCAACAUUCUUCUGGCGAAGAACGACGAUAAGAGCAAGGCGACAGCCACCAACCUAUUGCGCAAGGUCAUGGCCAACUUUAAGUACGAAGCACCUCAUCUCCUCAACAAACUAGCCACCAUAAGUCAGCUUGAGCGCUUGGCGCCGACUGUUACAGUGGAUUCGGACCGGGCAAUCAACGACAUGAUCAUCAGGCAGAUUCUGCGUGAGGUCCGAACCAACGCCACGGAGAAGGAUCCUUCCUGGGUUGAUGACGCCGACAUGGAUGAAGAGAUCCAAGCAAAGUGCCUCUCUAUUCGAAUCCUCGUCAACCAAGCUCUGGCUACCUCGACAGAUGCUGAUGCCGAGGAACGGAUCAAGCCCGUCUUCAAACUCCUCAAAACCUUGGUCGUCUCGGAAGGCGAGUUUUCCAAGGUCAAGGAUACGCCCAAGCAUCACAAGAAGCGUUUGAGGCUCAUGGCCGGCCUCAUGAUUCUAAAACUCUGCACGGUGAAGAAGUACGACGAUCAGUUCGACCAUGCGAGUUUCAACAAGCUUGCCGAGCUUGUUCAAGACACCGAGCUCCAGGUGCGCCGUCGGUUCAUGGACAAGCUGCAAAACUACCUCACUCGCGGCAAGCUGCGCGCGCGUUUCCUCACCAUCCUCUUCCUCACAGCGUUUGAGCCUUUCCCAGAUCUGAAGAACCGCGUGGAGACAUGGCUGCGGUCACGUUCCCGGUACUAUGCAGAAAAUGGGCAGCAGAUCAUGGAGGCUCUCAUGGGAAGACUCAUCCCCUUGCUGGCCCAUCAUCCAGACUACACCUCCGACCCAGCCGACUUGGUUGAUUUUGCAAACUACUUCCUGUUUUAUCUUGCCGCAGUCGCGACAGAGCAGAACAUAUCGUUGAUUUACAAGUACGCCGAGAGAGUCAAGCAGACACGUGACGGUGUCGACCCGGAGAAGAGCGAGAACCUCUACGUAUUGAGCGAUCUGGCGCAGACCUUGGUACGCAAGUACCAGGAGAGAAAGAAUUGGAGCUUCCAGGCUUGGCCGGGCAAGGUCGGUCUGCCUACAGGCCUGUACACUGCUCUUCCGUCCAGCGAGGUUGCCCAACACAUUGCAAAGAAGCAGUAUAUCCCGGACGAACUGGACGAAAAAUUGGACGACUUGAUUCGAGCCAUGGACAGGAAGAAGAAGCGAAAGUCGCUCCAUGAAACGGCAGACCAUCCAGCAAAGAGAUCCAAGACCCAGAUGAAAACCGUCAUCCGUGAGAAGCCAGGUCCCAAAGCCAAAUCAGCCAAGGCUCCUGGCAAGAAGGCGGCAAGGCCCAAGGCGACUCCCAAGGCCAAGAAAACAGCACCCUCUGUGCCUGAGGGCGAACGACGCCGCAGCGGCCGCGCUCACGCCAUCUCGACGUAUACGGAGCGUGGGGACGAGGAGGACGAGGAAGAAAUGCUGGAAGGGGUAGCGGAGUGGGAGUAUGGCGACGAUGACGAGGAUGAUGAGGAGGCAUCUGAGCAAGAGGAAAGCGGCAACGAGGACGAGGAGGAUGGCUCCGAGGCGGACAAGGCCGAGCCCGAGCCUGAGCCCGAAGCAGAAGAGGCUGAUGAAGAAAACGACGAAGAAUCAGAGCCGGAGCCGGCAGCCCCGAGGAGCAACGGGAGGAAGUCAACCGCCGCCGCUGCCGCCGCCUCCAACAGGGGCAAGGGGAAGACCCCAGCCCUCAAGGCCAGCGUGUUGGCGAAGACGAAGCGGCCGGCGCGCGCCACUCGAGGACGGCCUUCCAAGGGUGCGUCGGACAUGGACGUGGAUGAGGACGACGAGUAA